CCAGGUCGUGGAAAAUCGAAAAGAGGAUCUCCUCGCGACUCAAGCUUCUAUGUGUGAAGAAGGCGAUUCUGCAUCUUCCAACUCCUUAACCGUAGAGCAACUCAACAACCUUGUUCUCGAGGCUGUUCCAAGGAAAAAGGGCCGUUAUGUUGGAUUGGCUCGUUCGCCCGGAGGGGCUUCUUCUUCUUCUUCAGCUCUCUAUCCACUCGUUGAUGAGCUUAUGGAGCAGAUUAAGACCAAGGAUACGGAGAUUGAGUUCCUGAAGAAUGACAAUGCUGAAAUCCGGGUUGAGCUGCAGCAAAACCGAACGACUAUGGAGCAAAACAAUGUUCUCACCCAGACCUUGUUGCAGAAGUUUAGGACCCGAUUCGGUGAAGACUUUUAG